AUGUCAGAAAAGUUAAACAAACGUGCAACUUAUCUUACUCAAGAUCGUUUAAAACCAUCAUCUUAUUCCUCUUUAUCUUCAGUAACUGGACAAAAUGAUUUCAAUUCAAUAUCAUCUACUUAUACAAUAAAUCAACGACAACCACCAAUAUGUCCAACAUGUUUAAAAUAUAAAAAUGUUAAAGAUUUAACUACACUUUCACCAGACAUAAUGACAUUGAAUACUUUCAGUGAUUAUAAUCAUUUAAGAAAUUUAUCCAAUACACUUAAAUUUUCAUUAUCAACAUUCCAUUUAAUAUGGUUGAAUAUUUUUACUUCAUUCUUAUAUUAUUAUUUCGUUUGA